AUGAAGUUCCUUGUUACCCUCGCUCUGACCAUCCCCGCCAUCAUGGCCACUCCUGCACCAGUCCCCGACAAGGCUGCGAGCACACAGGUGCAAGCCUGCGCCUGUAUCAACGCGCAAGGCCAAACCACGGUAAGCGGCUACUGCCAGUACAUCCGCGGCCGCGCCGAACGAGUCGACGGUGGAGAGCUUUGCUACCCUAGCGACAAAUAUUCGGACUACAUGCCUGAGAGAUUCACUGCCGAAUUCUGCAAGAGCUACUAUCCGGGCUACAACGACCGCGUCUGCAAGACCAAGACUGUGUGCCCGCUUGUUGGAGACUACUGGGUUCCCUGUUAA